GCAUUCCAAUUAAAAUCUACGAGGAAUUAAAUGUUUAUGUGCCAGAGAUAUUGUUUGGUCAACUUAUGACAUCAUCAAAUUAUAAUGACGAUGAAAAGAAAUUUACUGGUGGAAGAAAUGGCCUUUGUGCAAAAUCUGCAAAUAUAUUUAGCACUAAAUUUACUGAAAAAAAAUAUGUUCAAUCUUUUUAUAAAAAUAUGACAAAAACUGGCAAACCAAAAAUUACUGCUUACAACAAAAAAGAAGAAUACACCAAGAUAUCAUUUAAUCCAGAUUUUGGAAAAUUGGGAAUGUCAAAAUUGACUAAUGACACAAUUGCUUUAUUAAAUAAACAUGUAUAUGAUAUAGCAGGAACAGUAAAAAAUGUCAAAGUUUUUCUUAACAAUAAACAUAUUCAACUUAAGAGUUUUGAGGAAUAUGUUCAAAUGUAUCUGAAAUCAGUAGAUGCUGGAUCUUCAAAAACCAAUGUUGUUCAUGAAAAAUUCGGUGAACACUGGGAAGUCAGCAUUGUACCUAGUGUUCAAGGACAGUUCCAGCAAAUGAGUUUUGUAAAUAACAUAUGUACAUCUAGAGGUGGAAUUCAUGUCAAAUAUGUUGUUGAUCAAAUAACUGCAAAACUUUUGGAGCAUAUUGAAAAAGAAAAUAGAGAUUUAACAGUUGGUUUGUUUGAAGAGACAUUAGGAAUAACUGAUGGUGCAAAAAGAAACACAAUCAAUGUAGAAAAACUAGAGGAUGCAUCAAAUGCAAGAACAGAUUCCUCAUCUGACUGCACUCUAGUGUUAGUAGAAGGAGAUAUAGCCAAGAAAUUUGUCUUAUCUGGUUUUAGUAUUGUUGGAUGUAAUGACUGGGGUGUAUAUCCAUUAAGAGGAAAGCUGUUAAAUGUACAUGAUGCCACU